AUGUGUGCUGGACCACCUGAUAAUCCCAUGUAUAACUGGAGCCCUGAAAUCCAGGGGAUCAUCUCCAGUUCUAUCUUCUAUGGUUCAGUUAUCAUCCAAAUUCCUGCUGGAUACUUAUCUGGAAUAUAUUCCGUAAAGAAAAUUGUUGGAUCUACAUUAUUGCUUGGCUCUCUUUUUAACCUGUUCAUCCCACUGGCAGCUCAAGUCGGGGGAGAAACUUUGGUCAUUGCAUGCCGAGCAGACCAGGGAGUGUUUCGGGGAACAGUAGUGACAGCUCAGCAAGUAAUAUGGGUCAAGUGGGCUCCUUCCUUGCGGUCAAGAGGCCGACUUACCUCUAUUAGUCUAUCAGGAUUUAUGCUGGGACCCUUCAUUAUCAUCCUUGUGACUGGAUUCAUCUGUAAUUCUCUGGGCUGACCCAUGGUCAUCUAUAUUUUGGAUGAGUCUCUUUCUAUAAAAUCCCAGUCAUUAUGGGUUCCUUUCCAGGUCAGCUCAAGUAGACACUCUCUGCCCAUCAAGACUAUGCUUAAGUCUCUUCCACUCUAGGCCAUUUGCCUCUGUAGUUUUGCUUUUUUGUGGACAAAUACCAUCAUAAUUUUCUAUACUCCAACGUUUAUCAACUCCAAGCUUCAUGUUGAUAUAAAAGCACAUGGGCUGCUGUCUGCCCUCCCCCAUUUGUUUGCCCGGAUCUUUAGUAUCCUAGCAGGUCAAGUGUCAGACUUCCUCCUGUCCCGGAAUAUUUUCAGCAUAGUUAACAUCCGAAAACUCUUCACCUUCCCAGGACUUCUCCUGCCUGCCCUCUUCUGUGUGUUCGUGCUCUACCUGAGUUCCAGCUUCUAUAGCACUAUCAUUUUCCUGAUACUUGCUUGUGCAACAGAAAGCUUUUGUGUAGCCGGAAUAUUUAUAAAUAACUUGGAUAUCACUCCCAGAUAUUGUGGAUUUCUUAAUGGAGUUGUGCUUGUAAUUGGAACGGUAGGAGGAAUAAUUUCUUCCGCUCUGACUGGAGUAAUUCUUAAUCAGGAUCCAGAAUCUUCUUGGUUUAAAAUCUUCUUCCUGACAGCAGGCGUUAACGUGAUAAGCACAAUUUUCUACCUUAUAUUUGCUAAAGCAGAAAUUCAGGACUGGGCUAAAGAAAAACAACACACAUGCCUCUGAAGGUAAGAAGUGAUAGAUUAAGGACAGAUUUUGAAACUGGGGAUACAUGAGAGAGAGGAGCUGAGGGUGACCCCUGAGCAAACUGUGGUGUUGCUGACUGAGAUGGAGAAAAAUAAGGGGUGCAGGCAGAGGGAAGAAGAGUAGACCAUGUGAAGUAUGAAACUAUUUGACUUCCUGUUGGGUAUGGCAUGCAACCCAGAAGAUGUGCUACUCUGGAAUUCUGGGGAGAUACUGGGACUAGAGAUAUAAAUUUGGGAUCCUGGGCCUCUCUAACACCUGAAGGUGAGGAAGAGAAGGAGAAGUUUGCAGGGAAGACUGGGAAAGGCCUUCAAUGAAGUAGGAAGAACAGCUGGAGAAAGUAGUAUCUCAGAAAAGAAGUGAAAAUGUGGUUAAUAAGUACCCAUGGCAAAUGCUAUCAAGGGGUCAAAUUAUAUAAGGUCUGAAAAUUUACUAAUGGGUUUGGCAAGAGGUACCUUAAAGGUUACCAUGGCUAGAAUGAUUUUCAAAUGAAUGAUGAAGACAAAGGAUCCAUUAAAGUUCAAAAGAGAAUCUGAUAUUGUGUCUUUCUUCUCUAAACUUUGUCAGUGGUAAAUAGAAGGAGAAAUAUCUUUGUGUAGAAUUAUUUCAGCUUAUACAGAAGCAAGAAUUGAUUGAUGUAGAAUAUCCCCCUUUUGCAAACCCCAAUGAAUUAAGGGAUCCAAGUAUUGUGCAUCAACAGCUGUUAACACCACAGAAGAGAGACAUAGAGACAUUGUGUACAUCCUGAUGGAAGAACAUACUACCGCUAAGGUCUUGCUAAGAAAAUCAAAUUGAAUAUGAUCAAGCCUCUGGGAACAGCUACUGUUUUGGAAGAAAUACAGAGAACAGGGAAUAUGUUGAAAUAAAGCCUAAGGGUAUCAUCAGCAAAUAUAAAUGGUAGGAAGGUUACAGGUCAAAAGACUCAGAUUCUUUAACAAAUA